AUGGUUUUCAAGUUCACUAUAGAUAAGGUGUUGGAUAGGUUUAUUCCUAAUAAUCAGACGUAUAGACUUCCCCGUCAUGUCAGAAGAUUUUUUGGAAAUCAUAAUCCAAGUCCAGUCGCAGAUUAUUGGAUAUGGCUAGAAAUACUCAUAGCGACUUUCUGUGGCAUAGCAUUGCUAGAAGGAGUUUUCAAGAGUCAUACAGUAUUUAGUGAUCAUAAUGCUCCCAUGAUUAUAGCGAGUUAUGGAGCGGCAGCUAUAUUAUGUUUUAAUGCUAGCACAGCACCACUUGCACAACCACGGAAUGUGCUUUUUGGGCAAAUAAUAUCUUCAAUUGUAGGAAUGGGAAUAGCCAAACUAUUUGGAUUGUCAAGUAAUGGAAGAGAUCAUUACUGGGCUAGUGGAGCAUUAAGCGUGGCCGUUUCAUCGGUAUUGAUGUUAAUUUGCAAUUGUGUUCAUCCACCCGCCGGAUCGUCGGCUCUAUUGCCUUCAAUAGAUGCCCAGAUACGGAAGAUGAGUUGGUGGUACAUACCGGUUCAGAUUAUCUCAUCAUUGUUGAUGAUGAUGGUGGCCCUAAUUACAGGGAAUUUAAUUAGAAAGUAUCCUAUGUAUUGGUGGCAUGCAGGCUUACCACAGCACAAAGCAGAAACUAAUGUAGAUAUGAAGUUAGAGCCUGUGAAGUCUACAAACGAUGGAUUAAGCUUUACACCGCAUUCGCAUACGAUUGGCAUUAAUUGCAAUCAGAUUAACAUUCCUACAGAGUUGGAAUUAUCAACUUUGGAAAUAGAAUGGCUAGAAGUUAUUCAAGAAAAGUUGAUUCAAAUGCCUAGUAAGAAUAAUACAAAAUACAUAUAG